AUGGCUUCUCUCACCAAGACCGUCCGUGUAGCCCAGCGCCUGGCCACCACUACCUCUCGCUCCGCGCUCGCUCGCCCGACCCUUUCUCUCGCCCAGCAUGCUGCCACCACGGCUCGCAUCGCCAUUUCCUGCCGUCUGAACUCUACUUCUGCCCCUAAAACCCCCCAGCCGGCCGCGACCGAAACUGUUACCCCGCUUGACCCUAAGGUCUAUUCCCAGCUCCCCCGCACCCUCCAGAAGAUGACGGUCGCCAAUAAGGUCAUCAUCGUCACGGGCGGCGCCCGCGGCCUAGGCAAUCACAUGGCGCGCGCGUGCGCCGAGGCCGGCGCCAAGGCCAUUGCCAUCUUCGACGCCAACCAAGAGCUCGGAGACGCCGCCGCCGAAGAGCUCCACUCUCUGACCGGCCUGCCUGUCACAUUCCACAAGGUUGAUGUCCGCAACGGCGACGCGAUCGAUGCGGCCGUUGCCGAGGUCGUCAAGAUCCACGGCGUGCCCGACGCCCUGAUCAAUAGCGCCGGCAUCGCCGACAGCAACAUCCCCGCCGAGACCUACGACCGCGACAUGUUCCGCCGGCUGAUCGAUAUCAACCUGACGGGUUCGUUCCUGACUGCCCAGGCGGUCGGGCGCGCCAUGAUGGCGGCCAAGAAGCCCGGCUCGAUCAUCUUCAUUGCCAGCAUGUCUGGCAGCAUUGUGAACCACCCGCAGGAGCAGUGCUGCUACAACGCGAGCAAGGCCGGUGUUGUUCAGUUGGGGAAGAGCCUUGCUGCGGAGUGGGCGAAGUAUGGCAUUCGUGUGAACUGCAUCUCGCCUGGUUACAUGGAUACGGAGUUGAACCGGGUACCGGCGCUGGAUGCGCAGAAGAAGAUUUGGAAGAGCCUGACGCCUCAAGGUCGCCUGGGCGGUGUGGAUGAACUGAACGGGCUAGCCGUGUUUUUGGCAUCGGAUGCUAGCUCGUUCAUGACCGGUUCUAACGUCAUUAUUGACGGAGGGUACACUUGCUGGUGA